AUGUUGCUGCCGCUGAUGAUGAAGUACAACUGGUUCUUGCAUUCGGUCCUCAAAUUUGCUCAACAUGCUUACCAAGAGCUUUCGGCAAUCAAAGGUGCGCGGAACAUCAACGAAAGCAUGGCAAUCAAAGAAUUGUUGCACCUUUUUGCUCUCAUAAACAAUCUUUACAAGGGUGGUUUUGCCUGA